UGUGCCGCCAAAAAAAAAAAAAAAAAAUUACUAUGGAACCUGUUUUGGUCAGAUCCUAAUCUAUAAUCUAGAUUAUUUUCUGCAGUCCAGUCAAAACAAACAAAACCCUAAAACAGCCGAUAGCUCACAGGUUACUGUAGGAGAAAGUCCUGAUUUACUUUGUAAUUUUCAGAUAAUUCACCUUCUGUUUAAGAAGUAAAAUCUCCCUCUGUACAUCUUUACUUGUCCCAUCAAUCUUAUCCAAUCCCAUUGGCAAGAGUAGGGGGUGGCAUAUGAAAGGCUGGAAAGGAGAGGGGGUUGGAGAAAGAUCUAGGUUGAGUUCUAGCUGUACCACUUACUAGCUCUGUCUCUUUAGGCAAAUCACUGAAGAGGAGACGAGGAACUUGAAGAUACGGUUUAAAUGAUUGCAGUACCCGUGCUAAAUAAGAAAUUGAGUAAGGCUCUUAAGAUGGCUGAUAAAUAAGAGGAAAACAGAGGGCUCAAAAGACUAGGAUUUGAUAGCAUUUGAAGAACAGUCACCAUGGGAGUGAAGGCUUGAAACUGCUCUAUUAACUGGAAGGUAUUAGUUUAAGAGUUUAAUUAAUUUAAGGGACUCUGCAGAGUUUGGGUAGCUGCUGAUGAUAAAGUGUAAGUGAGAGCAUCAGGGUGAAAUGCUAGAGUGGAAUGAGGUCAUGGGGGUUGAGGUGGGCGAGAAUGCUGUUUGGGAAGGGCUUUAACUUUGAGCUCACCCAGAAUAAUUGUGGUGUUGGGGAGUGGAUGUGAAAGUAGCUUGUGAGCUAAGAAUGCAGAUCUUCAGGGACUAGUAUGGAUUUGUGACCAGAGAUGACAUGACAAGAGGUAAAUGGUGAUAUAUGCCAAUGGUGACACAUGUGCUUCAAGAGUAAUGAUGGGGGUACAAUAACACCAUUUUAUAGGCUGAGAUGUAUGUUGGGUGUUGGUGGGGGAGAGAGAGAAUGAAGAAAUUUGCCAAUACGUAGUAGGAGCCUGUUCUGAGCCAGUUGAUAUAGGAACUCUACCUUAUUUAAUCCAUACCACAGUCCUCUGAGAUUGGUUCUGAUAUCCUUGCUUUGCAGAAGAGUAAUGAGAGAUGAAUUGCCUUUCUUUAUUUCUUACAGCUCAUAAGUGUGGGACUGGGAGUAACUCUUGGGAAGGUGGAAGAAUCAUAGAUUGGUCUAUAUUAGAAGAAUGUUUUUAUGAUAGAAAAUGUAUAACAGUGGACAGGAAGUCAGUACUGAGCCUGAUACAGUAGGCUUCAAUACAGGUUUGUUGAAUUAAUAUAUGUUUUUAGAGGUAUUUCAUUUUCUAAACUUACUUUUCAAUAGGUCCCAUUUAUUCCACAUUCUUUUGAUUAUUUUUUCCCCACUGAAGCUUGAAUAUUGAUCCCUGGACAAGAUGACAGAUUUGUCAUCUUCCUCCUUCUUUUCUGAUUUGGGGCUGCUACUGUAUUUGGAGGAGCUAAACAAAGAGGAAUUAAAUAGAUUCAAGUCACUCCUAAAGAAUGAGACCACGGGACCUGGAUCCUGCAGGAUACCCUGGUCUGAAGUGAAGAAGGCCAAGCGGGACGAUUUGGCUAACUUGAUGAACGAGUACCAUCCAGGAGAGCAGGCCUGGGGGGUGGCUCUCAAAAUCUUUGGCAAGAUGAACCUGAAGGAUCUGUGUGAGAGAGCAAACGCAGAGAUCAACUGGACAGCCCAGACGAGACCAGAGGACACUGGGGCCAGAAAGGUACAAGGUGAUCAGGAAGCAGUGCUGGGUGACGGAGCAGAAUACAGAGUUCAAAUAAGGGAAACAUUUUGCAUCAUGUUAGAUAAGAACCAUUUGCUUGGAGAAUCUGAAAACUUCUGUCAUGAAAUUGCUCAGGAAGGCCGAGAACUGUUGGAACGUUUGUUUGAUGAGGAUGUCAGAACAGCUUGGAAUCAGUCCUGCGACCUAACUACGGUUUGUUGCCGAAAUAUCUCUAAGGCUCUCAUCAGAAGCCAAAGCUUGUUAUCUCUGAAUCCAUCAACUAAUAAUCUCUUGGAUGACAGAGUGAAGAUGUCGUGUGAGGCCUUAAUGCAUCCAACGUGUAACCUAGAGAGAUUACCCUUAGAAAGCUGUGGGCUCACGGUAGCUGGUUGUGAGGAUCUCUCUUUGGCUCUCAUCAGCAGUAAAAGGCUGACACGUUUAUGCUUGGUGGACAGUGUCUUGGGAGAUAGUGGAGUAAAGCUUAUGAGUGAUGCCUUGAAACAUGCAGAGUGCACUCUACAGAGCCUUGUGCUGAGGCAUUGCCAUUUCACUUCAUCCAGCAGUGAAUCUCUCUCAACCUCCCUCCUACGCAACAAGAGCCUGACGCAUCUGGAUCUGGGGUCAGACUGCCUACAAGAUGAUGGAGUAAAGCUUCUGUGUGAUGUCUUUCGGCAUCCAGGCUGCAGUCUCCAAGACCUGGAAGUGAUGGGCUGUGUUCUCAUUAGUGCAUGUUGUCUGGAUCUGUCUUCUGCUAUUUUGAACAACCCAAACCUGAAGAGCCUGGACCUUGGGAACAAUUACCUGCAGGAUGAUGGAGUAAGAAUUCUGUUUGAGGCUUUGAGACAUCCAAACUGCAAUAUUCAGAGGCUUGGGUAACGUGGAUUGGAACGCAUUAAAAUUCCUCUCGUUAAGAGCAAUGGGAAAAACUUUUUUUCAGGAGUGACUGAAAGAAUUCAGGCCAAAGGUAAACGAGUGUG